AUGGCGGGGCGGAAUUCUGACUCUCAGAGCCAGACAUCCCCGCUCGAGUCUGGUGAUUCGCCGCGUCCCAGACAAGCAGCCUGUCUCGUAUGCCGCCGCUCAAAGAUCAAAUGCGACUGGAAACCGCACCAGGAACGAUGCAGGAGAUGCAUACAGCUUGACUGCGAGUGUGUGCGUCCCGCUUAUCACCCCGGACGGCAAAAGGGUAUAAAGAAUAAACGAACGGGGUUGGAUAAGGCGCUGUAUCAGAUUGACCAGGCUGUCAAACGCGCCAGAUCAGCGUCGCAGAAGAAUCCCGAAGAUGACAGGAUUCUGAACCAUUUGCAGGAAUUGCUCAGCAAUGCGAAUACGCCUGAACACGCGACUACUCGUGGGUACAGUGUCAGCGGUGAUGGCGAUGAAGAUGCGUAUUCGGAAGAGGAGGAGGAGCAAGACCCUGUAGCGAUGCCUGAUUUUAUUCAGAGAACACAACAGAGUCUUGCUAUUGACGAUGCAGAGAAUCCGCUGCAGCUUCUUGCGAGGGCAUCGUAUAUUCAGCCAUCGCCUGAGUCGCGACAUGGGAACUCUCCAAUACAGGCGCAUACGGCUAGUACACAGGGUCAAACGGAGGAUGAAAUUCAAGCAUUCUUUGCGCCGGCGCAAGUCCAUCUCGAUGUUGGACCUGAUGUAGAUCCUGUUUCUCUGGGACUUGUAUCUGAGGAGGAAGCGGAUAAGCUAUUCAACUUUUUUCAUCGGAACCUUGCGCAUACACGAUGGGGUCUUGAUCCGAGGAUAUACACCGUUGAAUUCACGCGUUCGAGAUCAGCGUUUCUUUACACGUCUAUCAUGGCUGCCUCUGCACUCUUCAUGCCAUCAGCAGCAGCUCUCUCAAAACGAUUAUCGAAUCACGCUAGAACUCUUGCGCAUAGAGUAAUGGUAAAUCGAUACAGAUCGGUUGAAAUCGUGCUUGCUUUCAUGGUCAAUAUACCAUGGAUGUUUCCGGGACAGCACUCAACUGAUGAUGAGACAUGCACUUAUAUCUCGAUCGCCAACACAGUUGCUACGGAUCUAUCACUUCACAAGAGUCUCAUCUCACCGGAAAUGGUCGGUUCAGGGUCUGGCAUCGGUCUAGCAAGGGGCGAUUGUCUCGACCCGAGAGCUGCUCUCGCAAUGGAUGGAUUCCCUGAGAUCGAUCCAUGGUCAGAAAAAGGACGGCUGUUUCUCCGAAACCGCGAACGAUGCUGGCUAUCGUUGUUUGUUCUUGAGCGAGGAAUGUCUUUGGCUAGAGGGCGUCCGUUUUCGGUGCCGAUGACAAGGUCUUUGAAAGAUUGUGAUAAUUGGCAUCGUUCCGAAUAUGCUGAUCCUCUUGACGGCCAUCUUGUUUCCAUGGCGGUGCUGAGAAGAGAUUUAGAUGCGCUUUUUGCGACGGUUCGGGCUCUUUGUGAUGGAUCUCAGAUGGCGUCUAGUGAUGGAUCAUUAAUCGCGCAGUCAAUCCAAGGGUCGAUUGAACGGUUUUUCGACCAGUGGUACACGGAAUGGGGUGUAUCAAUCGGAAAAGGACCAGACCGCCGUCUUCCUCCUUACGUCGAGAUUCUCGUCACACAUACCCGAUUGUCUAUCUACGGCGGAGUAAUAAACCAUCCAACAGCCCCCCUCGAAGUCCGCCGUUUCUUCCACACAGCUGGUCUUUCAUCCGCCCUCAACGUCAUGCGAGCUGCAAUCCAGGGCGAAUCCCAACUCCAGUCCAUGCCAAACAACACAGCCAUCAUGAUAUCCUUCGCAGCCUGCUUCGCUCUCACACUAAGUUCCUACGCAACCGGUGGCUCAGCCCUAGCCCCAAGCGUCCGCAACCUCAUCGACGAAACAGCCACAGUGCUCGAAAGGAUCGGAAAAGUCACACGGCACCGCAAUGGCCUUUCCAUCAAGUAUGGGAAAUAUCUCAAGCAGAUCGUGAGAAGGGCAGCGACGGGAGAUGGUAUCUCGGACCCGAGAAUGCCAAUCGUUAAUGAAGCACCUAUCACGACCCCGACCUUUUUGGAUCAGCAAGCGUUAUGGCCUGAACCUUUACAGUUCUCAGCAAUGUCGGAUGAUCAGAUCGUUCAGGCGCUGAAUCAGCCAGGAAACGAUUUCGAACCUUCGUUUGGGGGAUUAUCAUGGGAGGACAUGACGAAUUUCGAAUGGCUUUACUGGCCUGAAGUUGGUAUAUAA